AUGUCGACAGCACUUCCGCGGCCUUCGCGGCCUUCAAAUGCUCCGCCGACGAUCGCGCUCCCCGCGCUCCCUGUUCCCAAAACGAGAAAAAGCACCGGUGGUCUGGCCGCCCCUUCCAGCAAAUCUACGCCCGCGACACCCAGGAGCGGCCUUCGGGCUCCCUCAGCAAGCCUCCUUCCUCCCGCGUCCCCUGCUCCCACCAGUGCCCUUCCGCAGCCCAGGCCGGUCUCGGGAGUCAAUGCCGCUGGAAGGACAAUACGGAAAGCCGUCAGCAUCAACGCUUUUCCGCAGCCGCCCCGCCCUGACGGCCAAAUAGCCAGUCUUCCCCCAAGUCCCUUAUCCACCAGCGUCCCGUCGCGCAAAUUGAGGACACCGACGACGCCCACUUACCAAUCGUCGAACGGAACCCCAAGCCUCCUCAACGGGACCGGGGAGGGUAAGUCCGUGUCGCGCCAGGGGGCUACCAGGAAUUCCGAUGGCCUCAACAGCGUGGUAUCUCCGCCUCAAAGUCGCAGUUCCUCCGCCCAGGACUCAUACUCGACCUCGGCAACGCAGUACGACGAUGUUAACGACAUGGCACCGCCAAGGUCCGAAGGUGCAGCAGGAGGGAAGCGGACAUCGAAAUCGGAUGGCAAGGGAAACGUCAUCGUCAGCGUCAGGGUGCGGCCAGAUCCCACCGGAAAUGACAACAAGCCGGGAGGAGAGUGGCUUGUCGACGGACGAAAGUCGUUGAUUUCGUAUAGGGGCAAGGAAGGGGGGGAUUAUUACUACGAUAAUGUCUUUACCACGCACGAUGACAACGCCAAAGUGUACGACCACAGCGCCAAGCGCUUAGUACGAAGGGUUAUGGAAGGCUAUCAUGGGACCGUGUUCGCCUACGGAAUGACUGGUACAGGGAAGACGUUCUCCAUGCAGGGCACAGCGUCUUCCCCCGGUGUAAUACCGCUCGCCAUCACCGACAUAUUCUCCUACAUCCGCGAGACGCCGUCGAGGGAGUUCCUACUUCGCGUCAGCUACCUGGAAAUCUACAACGAGAAGAUCCACGAUCUGCUGAGCAUGCCCACCGGCAAUGGCGUCGGGGCAGCUCAGCAGCAAGAAGAGAUCAAGCUACGGGAGGACAGCAAACGAGGCGUUUAUGCCACCCCUCUAAAGGAAGAGAUCGUACAGAGUCCCACACAACUUCUCCGCGUCAUUGCUCGCGGCGACCAAGCACGCAGGACGGCGAGCACCCAGUUCAAUGCCAGGAGUUCCCGGAGUCAUGCGGUCGUGCAAAUCGUGGUGGAAAGCCGGGAACGGGUCCCGGGCGGGUCCGGGGACAGCAAACGGUCGGGUCUCUUACCCGGCGGUGUCCGCGUCUCGACGCUGAGUCUGAUUGACCUUGCCGGUUCCGAGAAGGCGGCCGAGUCGAAGGAGCGCCGGCAGGAAGGCUCGCACAUCAACAAGAGCUUGCUCACCCUGGGCACGGUCAUCGCCAAACUCUCCGAGCACAAGGACAAGGACGGAAAGCCGGCCGAUAAGGACGGCAAGCACCUGCCCUACCGUGACAGCAAGCUCACCAGGUUGCUGCAAGGAGCCCUGUCGGGCAACUCGCUCGUCAGUAUCCUGUGCACCAUUUCGAUCAGUUCCGCCGGGAGCCCCGCGAUGUCCAACACACACACGAACGAAACUCUCAACACGUUGAAGUUUGCAUCUCGGGCCAAGAACAACAUCGUCAGUCACGCGAAGCGCGCCGAAGAAGCCUUGGGACCCGGCGGGGAUGGUGGCGCCCGCGUUCUGCUCGAGCGCUACCGGAUGGAAAUCAUGGAGCUGAGGAAAGAGCUCGAGGCUCAGGCGAAAGCCAACGGCAGGAGAGAAGCCGAGGAGGAGCGGGCGCGGGAAAAGGAGGCCGAGAUGCGCCACGAGGAGCAGAUGCUGGAGAUGCAACUGGCCCGCACUGCGCUGAAGGAAAGGAUAGACCACCUGAACCGGCUGAUCCUGAGCUCCAAAUCAAUAGGCGUCAACGCCAGCGGGUCCUUCAGCGCCCUCGGCAUGCAUCCACGUUACUCGCAGACAUCAGUCCGGUCAUCGGUGGCGACCUCGAACGGAGGCAAGCUCGGGCUUGAGAGGACGGGUUCCAUGACUUCGUCUGCGUCGACCAUUGGCCGGAAACCCAGCAGCCACCACUCCUCGGGGGUUGCGGAUGCGGCCCCGGCGGUGGAAGACGAUGACAGCGUGGGCGAGUACGGCGACGGGACGGCAUCGCUCGCGGCGCAGAACCGCGCUCUGCAAGCCGAUCUCGCCGACAAAAACCGCUACAUCCAGACACUGGAGAAGCGGCUGCUCCAAGCCCGGCGCGCCAGCUCAUCACGCACCUCGAUCGGGCUCUCCGCCAGCAAGGGCAUCAUGGUCGGCGAAGACCACAGCGUGGCGGCGCUCCUCAAGGAGAAGGACGCCGAGAUCGCCGAGCUGCGCGCCCGCCUCGACGACAAGGACCGCAUGCUCGCGGCGCUGCGCAGCGCGGCGCGCUCGCGCGACAACGCCGGCCGCGUCGACUCGCGCGCCGAGGUCCGCACCUCGCAGAUCCUCGACAGCGACCCGGGCCCCGCGCCCACCGGCAGCCCGCCGGCCGCGCCCGUCGGCCUCGGCCUCGGCGGCAGCGGCGGCUCGCUCCUGCGCCAGGUCUCGACCCUCCGCAAGCGCACCAAGAGCGUCGACGAGAUGAGCCGCAUGCUCGACGAGAUGAUCCAGGACCGCGUCGAGAGCGGCCAGCUGAUCCGCGGCUCGCGCGGCAGCGUGCGCAUCGCCCCCGAGCCCCAGCCCCUGCCCCUGCGCGAGCGCAAGGACGCGUCGCCCCCCUCCCCGCCCCCCGCGUCGGCGCCCCCGCCGGCUAGCCCGCCCAUCCAGCUGCAGCUUCUGGCCAGGCAGCGGGCGUCGUUUGCGGCGGCGGAGCCGCAGAAGUCGAUGGCGUUGGAAGCAUGA